AAGGCUAAACCGACGACGAAGAAGAAGCGGCAGCGGAAGUUAAACUCUCGUGUGUUAGGAACGUAUGGGUAAUGUGUGUGGUUUAGCUGAAUGAAAAUAAACAUUAUUGCCGUUUUAUUCCAAAGGGGAGGGUACGUUAUUUCACGAAAACAUGUCUGCUUCAAUGAUCAGGCGAGGACUUGAGCUUUUAAGCGAUGACAUAAAAGAUGCUGUCGGUGGCCGGAAGAGUAAAAAGAAGCUCAAACCACGAGAAAGAAUCAGAGAUAAGAAAGAUCACAUCAGUUCCAACAAGCAAGGUGUCACCAAACAGCUCCGCCGACUCCGUGGACGACCAGGCUCAGCUAAGAAUCAGGCCACGGUUAAGGACAAGCGGAUUAAAUCUGCAGUUGAGGAAUUUCUGAAAACACAAAAGAGCCAUCUAAGUAAAAAUUUAGCCUAUUUCCGGGGAACAGAAUGCAGACCGACUCAAUCGGACACAGCAAAGAUACUGCUUCAGAACAAAAGCCGGCAAUCCCGCCAUCGGCCUGAUGCUCCUGCCAAGAAACCGAAGGAGAAAAUGUCCCUUUUCACAGAGAAAGAGUUUCAGCAGUUCCAGCUGCAGUAUUUCGGUAGAAAAGUUGAAGAAGACAAUAAAUGAAAGACUGCAGUGGCUUGGACUUGGCUUGUUUUUAAAUGGAUGAGCAGGGACCUGACUCUUAGGUCUUUGCCAAGUCAGAAAUAGGGGGAAAUUGUUUUUUCCUAUUUAAAUUUAGUAUGUUUGGGUAUCUUGUCUUUGUUAUAUCAUUUAUAAAUAAAAAAUGUGCAGAUGAAUGA